AUGUUUAGUUUUGAAGGGGAUUUCAAAACGAGGCCCAAGGUGUCCCUCGGAGGCGCCAGUAGGAAGGAAGAAAAGGCUUCUCUUUUACAUCGUACUCAGGAAGAAAGAAGAAAGAGAGAGGAGGAAAGGCGAAGGUUGAAAAAUGCAAUAAUCAUACAGUCAUUUAUCCGAGGCUAUCGAGACCGGAAACAGCAACACUCCAUCCAGAGAAGCGCCUUUGACCGCUACGCCAGCGCCUCGCAGUCCGGUGGCACUUUCUCCAUUGCCAGUGGUCCCAACCUUACCCUUUUGGUGAGGCGGCUUCUGUUUUUCUACAAACAGAACGAAGACUCAAAACGUUUGAUAUGGAUGUAUCAGAACUUAAUUAAACACAGCUCUCUGUUUGUCCAGCAGUUGGAUGGAUCUGAGAGACUUACAUGCUUAUUUCAAAUAAAGAGAUUGAUGAGCCUCUGCUGCAGGUUAUUGCAGAACUGUAAUGACGACAGUUUGAAUGUUGCACUUCCAAUGAGAAUGCUCGAGGUGUUUUCGUCUGAGAAUACUUACUUGCCUGUUUUACGAGACGCCAGCUACGUGGUGUCCAUAAUUGAACAGAUUUUGCACUACAUGAUUCAAAAUGGGUAUUAUAGAUCUCUCUAUUUGUUAAUUAACAGCAAGCUUCCAUCAAGUAUUGAAUAUUCUGAUAUAUCUCGAGUUCCUAUAGCAAAAAUUUUGCUAGAGAAUGUUCUGAAACCAUUGCACUUUACUUACAACUCGUGUCCUGAAGGUGCAAGGCAACAAGUUUUUACAGCCUUCACCGAGGCGUUUUUGGUGGCACCUUUUACAGAUCAGAUUUUUCACUUCAUCAUUCCGGCCUUAGCAGACGCGCAGACUGUUUUCCCGUACGAGCCCUUUCUGAGUGCACUGUUGUCGCCGGAGAGCAGGUGUCCCGAGACGGGGGGAGGGGCGCCGUGGCUCUUCUUCUUUGUCCUCACUGUCGGCGAGACUUACCUGGGGACCCUCUCUGAGGAAGGACUGCUGGUGUACCUGCGGGUGCUCCAGAGCUCGCUGUCUCGGCUGCCGGCGUCGCCGGCCAGCACAAGCUGUCAGGACCCGGCCAGCGACUCGGAGGACGAGAGUGAAGAGGCAGACAAGCAGCCGAGCGCUCCGGAGGAUGGGAGGCUGUCCGUACCUUACAUAACAGAGGAGUGUCUGAAGAAGUUGGACACGAAACAGCAGACCAACACCCUGUUAAACCUGGUCUGGCGGGACUCAGCCAGCGAGGAGGCCUUCGCUCUGAUGGCGUCCAUCGGCCACACGCUUAUGGUGCAGCAUCGGAUGGCGGUGCCCAAAGUCAGGCUUCUCUACAGUUUAGCCUUUAAUGCCAGGUUUCUGAGACACCUGUGGUUUCUCAUAUCUUCUAUGACAACACGGACGAUCACAGGGUCGAUGGUGCCACUGCUCCAGGUGAUAUCUCGGGGCUCCCCUCUGUCUUUGGAAGACUCCAAUCGAAUCAUCCCUCUCUUCUACCUGUUCAGCUCUUUGUUCAGUCACUCGCUAAUUUCCAUACAUGACAGUGAGUUCUUCGGGGACCCCAUAGAAGUUGUAGGUCAGAGACAAUCGUCAAUGAUGCCUUUUACCCUAGAAGAGCUGAUAAUGUUGUCUCGCUGCCUUCGAGAUGCGUGCCUAGGGAUCAUCAAGUUGGCUUAUCCAGAAACCAAGCCAGAAGUUCGAGAAGAGUAUAUUACAGCAUUUCAAAGUAUUGGGGUUACGACUAAUUCUGAAAUGCAACAGUGUAUACAAAUGGAACAGAAGCGAUGGAUUCAGUUAUUUAAGGUUAUCACCAGCCUUGUGAAGAUGCUGAAGUCCAGAGACACCAGAAGAAAUUUCUGUCCUCCAAGCCACUGGCUGUCAGAACAGGAAGAUAUUAAAGCAGAUAAGGUCACCCAGCUCUACGUUCCGGCUUCCAGACACGUGUGGAGGUACCGGCGGAUGGGGAGGAUCGGCCCCCUGCAGUCGAGCCUGGACGUGGGUUUGGAGUCCCCACCGCUGUCUGUCUCUGAGGAAAGACAACUCGCCAUCCUGACAGAAUUGCCCUUUGUGGUUCCAUUUGAGGAGCGAGUCAAGAUCUUUCAAAGGUUGAUUUAUGCAGAUAAGCAAGAGGUGCAAGGAGACGGUCCGUUUCUGGAUGGAAUUAACGUCACUAUAAGAAGAAAUUAUAUUUAUGAAGAUGCUUAUGACAAACUUUCCCCAGAAAAUGAGCCUGAUUUGAAAAAGCGGAUCCGCGUGCACCUGCUCAACGCACAUGGCCUGGAUGAAGCUGGCAUCGACGGUGGUGGGAUUUUCAGAGAGUUCCUCAAUGAACUGCUGAAGUCGGGAUUUAACCCCAAUCAGGGGUUCUUUAAGACUACUAACGAGGGCCUUCUGUACCCCAGCCCAGCUGCUCACAUGCUGGUGGGAGACUCCUUCGCCAGACAUUACUACUUCCUGGGCAGGAUGCUUGGAAAGGCCCUCUAUGAGAAUAUGCUGGUAGAAUUGCCCUUCGCCGGCUUCUUCCUGUCCAAAUUGCUGGGAACCAGUGCGGACGUGGACAUCCACCAUCUGGCUUCGUUAGACCCUGAAGUGUACAAGAAUCUGCUGUUUCUCAAGAGCUACGAAGGCGACGUGGAGGAGCUUGGGCUGAACUUCACUGUGGUGAACAACGACCUGGGAGAGGCGCAGGUAGUUGAACUAAAGUUUGGUGGAAAAGACAUCCCUGUCACCAGCGCCAACAGGAUCGCGUACAUCCACCUCGUAGCGGACUACAGACUGAACCGCCAGAUCCGCCAGCACUGCCUGGCUUUCCGGCAGGGCCUGGCCAACGUGCUGAACCUGGAGUGGCUGCGAAUGUUUGACCAGCAGGAGAUUCAGGUAUUAAUUUCUGGUGCACAAGUUCCCAUAAGUCUUGAGGACCUAAAAUCCUUUACAAACUAUUCAGGAGGCUAUUCUGCUGACCAUCCUGUGAUCAAAGUCUUUUGGAGAGUUGUGGAAGGAUUCACAGAUGAAGAGAAGCGCAAACUGCUCAAGUUUGUAACCAGCUGCUCCCGACCCCCUCUCUUGGGGUUUAAGGAGCUGUACCCCGCGUUCUGCAUUCACAACGGAGGCUCUGACCUCGAGCGGCUCCCCACGGCCAGCACCUGCAUGAACCUGCUGAAGCUGCCCGAGUUCUACGACGAGACGCUUCUGCGCAGUAAGCUCCUCUACGCUAUCGAAUGUGCUGCUGGCUUCGAGCUGAGCUGA